UGCACAGCAUAAAACCAAGAGAGAGACAGAUUUUUUAGGCUGGGCUUUACAAUCAGCAUAUGGUCGUGAGACGCUCAACGCUGAAACAUUGCAAAGAAGAAAACGAUAGAAACAAAGGAGAGGAACGAGAGCGCGCUGAGACACUAGUGUUGUUGUUUGAAUGAGCUCAGUGAAGUCUCUCCCGGGACACAGUAUGUGACGGGGGGUGCACAAAACGUCACUACACCUGCUGCGGGCUGGAAUAAAUGCACGAUAGAGAGAGAAAGAGAGAUGUCUCGUUUUCACUUUCUCAUUCGCACUAUAAAGAGCUUGCCAAGGCAACUCCACGUGAAUCAGAUUUCUGGGAAUAAUCGUCUGUUUGGAUAAGAAGGUUAUUGGGCGGAAAGAAAACAAACAACAAUGCCCCAACGACGCACCAUUCAUUCCUGGCGCUGCCUCUUGUUCACGCGGUCGUGCGGUAUUUCCCGGUUGAUUCCCAUUAUUGGAGAGUGUCAGUAGUAGGCGGUGACCGGAGCUGCAUGCCUGCUGCCGGUGUCUCGAGCUGACCCGAUUCCUACAGCCUGCCCCCGGUGUAGAUAUGACUUCCUGGCUACAUAAAUACGGUUACCCGAGCCUGCAUUGCGUGCUGCUCUGCGUGGUAUUGGCCGCUAACAUCAUCGGCGGGAGCUCUCAUUCCGGUGAGCCUGUAUGUUCGUCUCCUCCUGUCUCGUCGUGUUCAGAGUGCCUCCGACGCGGACCACAGUGUGCCUGGUGCUUUGAGGCGGGUUUCCUGGAUGGAGCGGAGGUGGGAGAGCGCUGCGACCUGGUGGGGAACCUGGCAAGGAGGGGGUGUGGCCUAGAGUUCAUAGAGCAUCCAGAGGUCAUGGUGGAGGUCAAUGCUACGACCAGCAGCACUCAGGUGUCACCGGGAGAGAUCACCCUCACACUCAGACCAGGUGCUGAGGCCAGUGUGAUAGUAGCAGUACAACAGUUAGAGAGGUAUCCUGUUGAUCUGUACUACCUGGUGGACGUAUCAGCAUCCAUGCAGGACAACCUGGACCAGCUGAAGACGGUGGGCGUAGCCUUGUCCCACCGUAUGAGAGAACAUUCCAGUGAUUUGCGUCUGGGGUUCGGCUCCUUCGUUGACAAACCUGUCUCCCCCUACAUCAAUGUACACCCCUCUAAGAUAAAUAACCCCUGCAGUGACUAUGAGGUGAAGUGUCGCCCAGCCCAUGGCUUCCACCAUGUUCUUAGUAUGACGGCAAACAUGUCAGAGUUUACACGCAUCAUCAAGAGACAGAGGAUAUCAGGCAACAUGGACACACCAGAGGGAGGGUUAGACGCUAUGCUCCAAGCUACUGUAUGUCAGGGUGAGGUGGGUUGGCGUGGGGAGGCCAAGCGUCUGUUGUUGUUGAUGACAGACCAGCCUUCUCACCUGGCGUUGGACAGCAGACUGGCUGGUAUAGUCACACCCCAUGAUGGCCUCUGCCAUCUGGAGAACAACGUCUAUAUGGAGAGCACUACCAUGGACCAUCCCAGUUUAGGCCUGUUGGCUGAGAAGCUUCUAGAGAACCACAUCUACUCUCUCUUUGCUGUGGAACAACUACAAUAUCAGUGGUAUGAGGAGUUGGUCAGGUUGCUACCAGGCUCCAAUCUUCUGUUCCAGGCUCCCAAACUUAUAGACGUGGUGGUGGAUGCAUACAAGAGGUUGUUGUCAGUUGUCCAGGUGUCUGUGUCAGUGGAGGACAGAGCAUUCAGCCGUUUCCUGGUCAGCGUCUCUCCUCUCUGUCCAGAAGGAUCUGUAUCCCACGACAACCGCAGCUGCUCCAACGUCCAGCCCAACCAGACGGUCUACUUCAACAUCACCAUCGGUCUGCACUCCUGUCCUGACGAUGAUGAUGAUGACGUGGUCCAGGUCUUCGUCAGGCCCGUGGGUUACAAUGAGUCAUCAAUCAUCAAGGUUCACUCACGAUGUCGCUGUCACUGUGGACCGGACUGGCAUUGCCACGACGAUACCACACAUCAGUCAACGUGUGGUGAGGUCACCCCAGAUACAGACCGUAAUAAUCAAGACAUGAACAAUCGGGACACGCACACACACACACCGGACCUAGACCCAGAGCACACACCCACACGCCCUCAUACACACGGACCGGAGUGGUCACAGCAGUGUCGUGCGGAGGGAUCGGGGGUGGACUGUAACGGUCGGGGAGUGUGUGUGUGUGGGAAAUGUGUGUGUGAGAGGAACAGUCUAGGAACAGUGUAUGGACAGUACUGUCAGAUGGACGACUACUCCUGCCCCUACCAACACGGACUACUGUGUGGAGGGCGAGGUAUGUGUGUGUCUGGUGAUUGUGUAUGUGAAGAGGGCUGGACAGGAGAGAGCUGCAGGUGCCCAGUCUCUACGGCAAUCUGCCUGUCCGACAACGGGUUGCUAUGCAGCGGGCGUGGCAGGUGUGUGUGUGGCAGAUGUGUGUGUGACAACCAUCAAUAUUCCGGAGCAUUUUGUGAGAGAUGUCCCACCUGCCACAGCUCCUGUCAGUCACACUGGAGGUGUAUAGACUGUCACUUGUCUCACGGUCUGUCGCAGAGAGAGGCUGGGGAGUGCAACCAUACCUGCAUCCCAUUAGUGGGUUACGUCAAUGAUGUCACAGUCCUACUAGGCCAGGUAUGGAGACAGUGUGUGUAUAAGAAAGACAACUGUUACUAUCGCUUCCACACUGCACUUGUCUCAGGAAAUACUCUUCUACAUUUCAACACACAACCUGAGUGUGUAUCCAGUAGGCGGUAUGUGGGGACCUUCCUCAGUGUGUGUGUGUUGACAUUCCUCCCUGGCUUGGUGAUGCUGGCUGUGCUGGUGCUGCUCCUGCACAGACGAUCUUUGCCACAGGGUGGCGCCACUGAUCAACAAUACAACCCCACUGGCAAGGAUCUGUCACACGUCCCAAAGACCAAUGAGAAGACGGUAUCCUACAGGAGGGACCGCCCCCCGGGCCCUGACCGACCAAUGGAGAUGCAUAUCACCGUUCCCAAGAUGCCCCUGGGCGAACCCUGGCAGUAAGGGGUCAGGGGUUAGAGGUCAACGGUUGAAGUGGGCCAAUGCUGACCGGUACAAAAAAGCAGCAACUCUAAAGUUAUACUGCUUGAGAACCGACACCUGUGAAAUGCAGGUACAGUAAAAUGACAGUGAGCAGGGCAACAGGAAUCUUCUCUCAGUACACUUGCACUGGUUCCAGAUUAGGGGAAGGAUAGUAAAUCAUGAAAAACUGGACAGAGUAACACUCCAAACAGGAGGCGUGUUACUGAUACUGUAAUAUUAUGUGGCUUUAUGGACUGGCAGCCAUUGAAAGGUACUGAACAUUGAUCGAUUUAUCAAUGCUAAAUAUUUAUGCUUUUAUUACAGAGAACACUACAAGUUUAUUAGUUUACUUGAUCUCUCUCUCUCUACUCAACCUGUAUGUCCUGUGUUAGCUGGCCACCUAGUGGUCAGUGGUGAAACGACAUAACAGAAUGGGAUGAAUGACUGAAUGGAUGAAUGGUGAUCUUGCACCAGCAGUAACGUGUGAAUAUGUGACACUCCACAAUCAUGACCUUUUUUUUUAACCUACCGCCAGAUCUACUUGAUUUCUUUAUUUUAUGUGCCUGGCAUAACUGGAGUUUUGAGAGGACAGGUAGCCUCCAACCGUUGUUAAUGUACAGUACCGGUAUCUAGUUUUAAUAUUUGAAACAAGCAUUAAUUUUAAAUUAGCAUACUUGUAGAGAGACAGAGUAUAGAUUUGCACUAGCAUCGUUACGUAGCAUGAUAGGUCGUAGUGUUGUCAGACUACUGAGCGCUAAUUGGCUCCUGAACUAUUGGGAAGGCUGCUGAUUGGCUCCUAAACUACUGGGAAGGCUCCUGAUUGGAUCCUGAACGUUCCAUAUUACACUUCUAUCUGCAAGAAUUCCAGUAAACAAAACUAUGAAUAAUAUUUAAUAAUUAAUUUGUUGAAUGUUCAGUUUUUCUUUACAUCUGAUGUUUUGAUUAGCUGAUUCAUUAGCUGAUUCAUUAGCUGCUCAUUUAUUUAGUCCAUAACACUAAUAUUAUUAUUUAUUGUGAUUUAUUUAAAAAAAAAUGUUUUAUUGUAAUUUUUGUAUUCUAUUUUUAAUUAAAGGUACUGACUGGCUACAGGGCUGUAAUAUUACAGGAUUGUAGCUCAAUGUUAAAUGAAUCAGCAAUUAGAGAUCAUUUUUAUAACUGGCAGACUUGGGUCAAAUACUUUCAAAAACUGGUAUCACAUUAUUAGAAUGGUACCCAUUGUCUCACGUCAGAAAGCUUGACAACCUUGUCUGCAUAGUUCAUGGCCAGUCUGAAGACAAUGAAGAGCACCUACAGCACAUUUGGAAAGUAUUCUGACCUCUUGACUUUUUGCACAUUUUGUUACGUUACAGCCUUAUUCUAAAAUUGAUUAAAUUAUUUAAUUUUCUCAUCAAUCUACACACAAUACCCCAUACUGACAAAGCAAAAACAGUUUAGAAAUCUUUGCAAAUUUAUAAAAAAAAACAGAUAUCACAUUUACAUUAGUAUUCAGACCCUUUACUGAGUACUUAGUUGAAGCACAUUUAGUGGUGAUUACAGCCUCUAGUCUUCUUGGGUAUGACACUACAAGCUUGGCACACCUGUAUUUGGGGAGUUUCUCCCAUUCUUCUCUGCAGAUCCUCUCAAGCUGUAUCAGGUUGGAUGGGGAGUGUUGCUG